UAAUUCACGAGAAGGCAUUACAACUACAUUGCCCAUAUAUAAUAUAUACAUGUGUAUGCUUGUGAGAGAUUGUGAAUCGCCAUGCAAAAACCCAAUCCCAAAACCACUCAUUCUGUGACCCCACUGGCAUCUACAUCGCUACAUAUCUCAACACUCAUAGUGUAUCUCUAUAUAUGAAGAAUCAAGCAACAAUAAUCACCAGCCAUAGCUCAUGCACCAACAAUAAUAAUCACAAUGAAUAAGCAGCUGCAACUACCUCUGUUUCUAGUCCUACUUACCGUCUUUAUGCCCCGAGUUCUCUCUCACAACUUUUCUCAAACAACGCCUGGUGUGCAAGUCCAAACAAACAAGCAAAAUCAAGUGGACAACGAAACCAUCUACAAGGUAUCGAAGCAACUCUGCUGGGGGUGCAUUAGCGAGUCCAUAGAGUUUCUAUUUGCGCACAAUCUGGUUCGGGCGGCCAAGUUUGAGUUGCCAUUGGCAUGGAAUUUUCAGUUGGAGAAGUACGCAAGGUGGUGGGCAGGGCAGAGGAAAGGGGAUUGUAAACUGCAACAUUCUUUCCCUGAAGGCGAUUUCAAGCUGGGAGAGAACAUAUUCUGGGGGAGUGGAUCGGCGUGGAGGCCACUGGAUGCGGUGACUUCGUGGGCCAGCGAAGUGAAGUAUUACACAUACGCCACCAAUAGCUGCGAGGCAGGCCAAAUGUGCGGCCAUUACACACAGAUUGUUUGGAGAAAUACGCAAAGGAUCGGCUGCGCUCGUGUUGUUUGUGACAAUGGGGAUAUCUUCAUGACUUGUAACUAUGAUCCCCCCGGUAACUAUGUGGGUGAGCGACCCUACUAAAGGUCACUACUCUCAUUUUACACACACUAACUAACUUUUUUAAAAUAUUAUAAAUUGCAAAAAUAAAAAAAACUAAAGUACGCACGAUUGUUACUUACGAUUACACCGUCAAA